GCGAGUCCAUCAGUCGUUGCGUUCCUUAGCCGUCGUGCAAAAGUAGCCUAGUUGAUUCAAACCACUUUAGCAAACCACACCGUUACAAGCAAAAAUAGCAAAAAGUAUCUAUAUAAAGCAAUUUAGAGCUAAGCAAAGCAAAGCCAAAGCCACAGUAAAAGCGUUAUAAAUCUGUAUGCUGCAAUCAAAAUAUUAAUUAGAAGGCAAUUUCUUUAUUCAAUACCGCGCACUCUCCCACUCUCUUUUGCAAUAAUCCAAUGUAUUAUCAGACCGCAGCGGAUUGAAUUGAAUUUAAUUUCUUUGAAUAUAUCGACUAAGUUUCGAAAAGCGUUCAAGUGCAAUCACAUAAAUACAAAGCAAAAAAAAAAAAAAAGAAAAAUAACAAAAACAACAUCAACAACAAAAAUAUACAAAAAGUAAAUAAAUCUUUGUAAAGCUUUAGUGUAAAUUUCAAGAGCUUCGUAAGUAGUUGUGAAUUAUUUUUUUUGCUGGGUAAUUUCAAACACAAAUUGUAAAUAAGCUAAACAAACGAAUAAAAUAGUAAAUAAUAAUUGAAAAGAUAAGUAAAAAAUAUUAGAUUGGUUAUUUUCGCAUAAACUCAGUGAAAAACAGAUUACACCAGAAUUAGUGUGGAUUUAGACUCAGUUCCGCUUCAAACAAUCACAAAAAUUUACAUAGAACUUUGUUCACAUAUGAAUGUGUGCAAAGGAAAUAUAAACAAAUAAAGAAAAAGACCUCAAAUAAGCCAACUUCUGGAUCAUAUCCUGCUUUAACUGCUAAGAAGCCGGCAAGUAUUUGAAAACCAAUCAGGAUUUUCGUGCGAGUGUGCUUUUUGGAAUUUGUUAGUGUUAUUUCCUUAUUGCUUAAGUGUUGUUCUCUGUUAGUGGUUAACUGUUAUAACAGCGAAAGCGCGUCUAAGGAACUGCUUAACUGUAGUAAAACGACAACGAGUAAAUCGAAACUAAAUUGCUAGUAAUUUGCAGCAACUUCUCAGCUUGGAUUAAAAUAGUCAAUCAAUAACAACUAAAAUAAUAAAACUUUGCUAAUACACCAAUGCAAUAAGCAGAAUAAAUAAAAGAACCGUUGAGAUAUAAACUGAGAAACUCAGUAUCCUCAAACAAACGCAAAUAAAGGCAAACGUGUAUAAAAAGCAAAUAUAUUAUCAAAGCAUUAAUAAGGUGCCAUUUUGCCAUCGCAGAGACCGUCGCUUCUCACAAAGUUAGUGUUUCUUUGCUCUGCUUUAAAGCUUCUGCGGGUAAUCCUUGCGAUAAAUCGCGUUCCGUAUUAGGCGCCUUAAAUCAGUUUAUUGUCAGCGUUUGGCCGACGGCAGUGUAUUUGUGUGUUAAGCGCCAACUCUGAAGCGCUGCAAGUAAAACAGGCUGUUGUAACUUUUUUAAGGAGAGCUUUACCAAGAAUUGUCACCAAACCGCUUAGGCACUGUUACACAGCUCGUGUACUUGUGUGCGUGCGUGUGUUGCUAAUUUCUCUUCCGACGCGUUAACUAAAAGCCAACAAAAUUUCACACUUUGGAGUAAAUCUGUUUUACGUUAAGCAGCCAGCGGAGAUUUUUCCACCGCCAACGCAGGCGAUUAAAGCGAUCAGUCCACCAGCGGCAAUACAAGCAGCUCCCGCCACCAUUCCAACGAAGAAACUCGUCAUGGUGACGCGAACGAAGAAAAUUUUCGUGGGUGGGCUGUCGGCGCCCACAACACUGGAAGAUGUUAAAAGUUAUUUCGAGCAAUAUGGACCGAUUGAGGACGCUAUGCUGAUGUUCGAUAAGCAGACCAAUCGGCAUCGAGGUUUCGGCUUCGUAACAUUUCAGAGCGAGGAUGUGGUAGAUAAAGUUUGUGAAAUUCAUUUCCAUGAGAUCAACAACAAAAUGGUCGAAUGCAAGAAGGCGCAACCAAAGGAAGUAAUGCUGCCGGCUAAUUUGGCUAAGACGCGUGCUGCCGGCCGCUCUGCUUACGAUAACAUCAUGUGGGGACUGGGGACACUACCCGAUGGAUUUCCGGCAGCCGCCUAUGCAGCCUAUGCAGCCGGACGUGGUUACUCGGGAUAUCCAAGCUUCGGCUUGCCUUACCCUGCUGUGGAUUUAACUAACGGACAAUUAACGCCGAACAACAACACACCGCUCCUCACUCAAGCCCUUUCAGUGAUGAAUAAUUAUCAAGCUGCAGCCGCAGCAGCCCAUAGCUUUGGGCCUUCUGCAUCCCCACACACCACCACCACCCGACAAGGUUUUCCUUCGACCAACUCUCCUGGUCCAACCAUUGAUAUGUACAGCUCUAACGCUGCCGACAACGUCGGUUAUGUACAGGCAACCAGUCCGCAACCCUCUGGAUUUCCAAUAGCCGUUAGUCGGGCACCAUUAAACUACAGUCCGGGACCACUAAUUCCUGCGGCGUUCACAAAUGGAUACCAUUAAGCAUUGGCAUAGCAUCGUAAUAAUUUGUAUGUCAGCAUCAAUAAUGAAUCUAAAAAAUAAUAGACAAAUUUGACAACAAAUGCGUUUUUGGGAUGGCGUGGAAUUAAAAAGCACACAGGAAGUUGAAAAAGUUACCAGAAGUCAACACAAGAAUAAGAUAGCCAAAUACACCAAAUACAAGCAUACAAAUAUAUAUAUAUAUAUAUAUAUAUAUAUAUAUAUAUAUGUAUAUUAAUAUUAAAAUAUUUAGAAUAAAUUAUUAAUUAAGUGAAACAUAUAACCAUACAUACUUACGCUAUGUAUACAAGAAUCACGCAAAUGUAUUGAGAUUCUUACUUAUGUAAGUAAUGAUAUACAUACAUACACACUCAUAUACGAGCAACGUUAGGUAUUGUGUUAUUUGUUAAUAAAAAUAAAAUUAUGUUAAUAUCUACUUUCACAAUUUUAAAACAAAGAUGGCAGCAAAUUUUAAUUGCAAAUCAAUUACACUCAUACAUACACUUACAUAUGUAAAAACAAAUCUAAGGUAAAUGGAUCGAGCGGAAAGCAGCGCUGGCGUUAGUUAGUUUGUGAAAUAUUUAAAUCAAAUGCACCUCCUAAUUGAGAACCCAUCCAAAAGUAACAAAAAUCGCCAUGUCGUAUGAUUAACACUUUCGAAAUCCACACAUUUCUACAUAUGUUAAAAGGUCAAGCAAGACUGUAAAUCAUUUUGAAACUCAAAUAAUUUGUGGAUGAACAAUUGCUGAUAGGUUGAUUGUGUAAAUUUCAUAAUUAAUUGUUUGCCAAUGCAUUUAUUGAACAUUGAAUUAAUUCCAAUAAGCUUUUUUACGGUUUUAAGCAAACAGAAGCAUGAAAGCAAACAAAUGCAUACGCAUGUAUGUACCUACAUAUUUGAAUGCGUUCUUAAUUACUUACCUUAAAGAGUCAAUAAUAUUGAUUGGAUAGUCAUGAAAUUAUUAUUAUAUUAGUUCAAAUAUCUACCCCUCCAUGCUCAUCGGUGGUCAAGUUUUGACCCCUUGAGCGCGUCGAAACCGAUAUCGUAACUAAUAUAUUAAAUAUGUGUCACUUGUUAUAUGCAGGCUUUCGAACCAACACAUGAUCGUAAUACUAGACAUUCAGCUGUUUGAGAACGAUUCAAAUUAAAUAUAAUAUUAUAAAAUAUUUAAUAAUUUCUUCGUGUAACCAAAUUUACACAAUUUGCGACUUUCAAAUCAAUCAAAAUCAACUGCUAAUGCGCACAGACGUUUAUUUCGUUGGAUCUACGUGUAUGCGUAUAUAAAUAAAACUCACAAACCUCUGAAAUUACGUUCAACACUACAACAAUUCAUAGAGAAUGCAUGUACAUAUUUCUAUUUGAACAAAUUAAGUGGCACUUCUCAUAAACUAACAUAUCGCUCGCUGCUUAAGAUCAAACGUUAUUGCUUUCUCGCUCAGUUUCAGUUUAAGCGUUGGACGUUUAUUGCCACCCGCUAGCUUUUAUAGUGAAUUCUGGCUUUUUUUGAGUUUAUCUUAUAUGUAAUGCCAUCCGUAACGUUUUGAACUAGUUAGCUAAAAUAUACGUAUUCAAUAAAUGGAUGUUUGUUUAUGUGUGCAGUUACAAAAACAAAUUAAACCAUUGAUUAUGCUAAAUUGAAAAAAUAAAAUUAAAACUGCAACAUUUAUCAGGAGGAACCCAACGCUGAGAGUUUGCAUAAACCUGCUAAAACAAACAGCAGAAAAAGAGUCACUCUUUCUCUCUGUUUAAACCUUCAGAAAUUUGUUUAGCCGCCCUUUUGAGUUUAGUAAUCCUAAGAAUUAUAUCGAAAAAGCCGACGGGAAAUUGAUUACAUCCUCAACAUAUCGGGCUAAAAUUAAUUCCUUCAUUUACAUAAAAAAAAAAGUCCGAUCACAAAAAAAAACAGUACUUUUGCAAUAUCCACAGCUCUUGGCACUCUUUAAAUGUUGAUUGACAAAUUUUUUUCUACAUCCUCAUAAGAAACAAAAAUGAACCUGUAAUCAGUGAGUCCUAUGAAAUUUGCCAAAAAAACUGUUCACUCGUCUAAGAUUUUUAGUGAACAAUUUUUACAAUGAACAUAUUAUUAAAAAUCAUUAAAUUAAAAGAGCAUACACACAGAACAGAAUAAUAAACUGAAUACUUUAAAACAACAAUAACUAAAAUAAUUGAAAAUUUAUUAAAAUAGGAAGCAUAAAAACGGUCAAUAACCGGCGAAAGCUUUUGGCGAAAGUCAAACGACGACGACAACAACAACAAAAACAGCAAUAAGAAAAAUGCAAUUAAAACAUGUUUUCGAUAAUGCACCGUUAGCAAGCGUCUGACAGCAAUGGAACACUUGCUUAAUACUACUUACAACAAAAUACUUACAAUAUAUACAAUACAUGCAUAAAUAUACAUAAUGAAAAAUAACAAAUCUAGCGGUAAUAAUUUGAAACACCAAUUUUAAUAGUACGGCACUUCAUACAUACAUACUUACAGUAAAUAUUAAAUAAAUAUAUUAAAUAAACAGAUUAAUUGAUAACAAUAUAUACAUAAAUAUGUGAGGAUUAUAUACUUGUGAAAUUAUAAAAAAAUAUAAAAAAGUAUACCAAAAAGGCAAAAAUGCUAUGAAAUAACUUUGUUAAAUCAAGCGUGAUGCUAUGGAGAAAAUUAUUUCUAGUUAAAUAAGAGUUUAAAUAUGUAUGUAUGUUCAAGUGUAGCGAUCAACAAUCCAAAAAAGGAUAACAAUAUUUUGAAUUGCUACUGUCAGACGGGUAAUGGAAAGAGGAAAAGUAUUAUAUUAUAUAUUAAAUACUGCAAUGAAAGUAGAAACUGUAAGCCAAAAAAUCAAAUUCAGCAGAAGAAAAGAAAAAAUGCAAGUAAACUGGGAUCGAUCAAGAGUGGGAGGUAUUUAUAAAUAAAUAAAUUGAAAACACAAAAAUAAAAAAUUAAAAUGAAAAACGUUAUUAUUAGAAAAAUGAGUAACCUUAAGUGACAAAAGUGUUUAAAACCAAGCGAAGCAAUAUGCUUUCAAACAAAGCAAAUUGUCUACACACAUAUUAGUAUUUGAAGAGUAAAACGAUGAAGAAUGUGAAUAUAUACAUACAUUUAUACAUUAAUUUCAUAAAAGUGCAUAAUGCUUUGAAUUGGUAUACUGUAGAGGGCAGCUCACCUAGCCUGGACGUCAACCUGGUUCUUGGCCGAGCUUAGCGAUUUAGUGGCGUCAAUUGCAUAUUACAGUGCUGGGAUUUUGAAGCACCAAAGACAAAAUUAAUUAAUGAGAAAAUAACUUAAAAACUGAAAUUUAAGGAAAUUUGUAGUUUUUAGAUAGGAUGAAAUUGUGGCAAAGCAACUGCAAAGAAAAUAAUGUAAUAAAAAUAAAAAUUAAAUAUAGUAACGAAUAAAGUAAAACAAAAGUCUAAAUAGAAGAUGCAGAAUCAGAAUCAGAUAUUGUUAUUAGUGAAGAAACUGUGCUUAAGCUUUUGGUGAAGCUUAAGCUUGCUAAAACCCUGUGCUCGUAGAUAGAAUUGGACGAAGCAUAAUAGUUAGGCGAAGUGUAGAGAGCAGCUAAUGGAUAAAUCAUGCAAAGGCAGAGUUGAAGUUUUUUGUUUAAUAGCCAAAGUGGCUUAAAGAUUGAUCGACUACUAGCACCCAUGCAAUUGUAGGUAGCUUGAAAGGUCAGUCAAAUGACGGUGUGAUGCUUAAUUGAAUGACAAUUGUCCAAUGAUGUUACUUUAAUAAAAUAAAAAGAAACAAAAAAAUCAAUGAGGAUAAAAACAAAACCAAAACUAUUCUAACCAAAAUACACAUUUAUAUAAAAAGAAUUAUUUCAAGAAAAUUGAAAUACAAAAUAUAAAAUAAUAUAUUGUAUAUUAAAGUAUUUAAUUGCUAAAUGGGAUGUUGAGUUGUCCAAUACUCUUAUAUAAAAACAAACAUACAUACACACAUAUACACCCAAUUUGCAAAUGUUUACAAAUAUACACUUGAACAUUAGCUCAUACUUAUAUAUAAUAUAAUGAAUAUUAAGUAUGAAGAGUAUGCAUCUCAUACACCCAUACACAAAAAUUUAAACUAUUACAUAAAUAAAUAGAUACGAAUUCCUGUAUUAUUGCUAAAACGCCAUUGUGGCCGGCUGAAAUCAGUAAGGAAUAUUUAAAUAUACAUAAUUAUAAAUUUAUACACCAAUAAAAGAGCAAAAACUAAUUACAUGUGUAUACGGGAUAUAUACAUCGUAUAUGUGUGUACACAUAUAUAUGCAUAUGUAUAUAUAAUGUAUAUGGUAAAUGCUUAACAUGUGUAAUAUAGGUAAAACAAAUGCAAAAAAUACUAAAGAAAAACUCUGGAUCGAAAAUGUACUAAAGUUAAAACGACAAACAUAUAUAUAUAUAUAUGAAUACACACAUACAUACAUAUAUUACAAAAAUGCAUAAAUAUAUAUUUUUAAGAAAUGUUCUAAAAGCAAUAAUUACAAACAACAAGAAGAUAUAUAUAUAUAUAAUAUUGUGAAAACAUUAUGUAUUGGUAAAAAAUAAUCAAUAUAAAAUAAAAUAUAGUCUAAUGUUAUAUACAAAAUAUACAUAUAAAGCAAAUAUUUAUCUAUAAAUGCUAAGGAAAAAAUAUUAUAUAUAAAAGUAUUAACCCAAAAAAGGAUUACCCUUAAUAGCGAUACCCUAAAAAUCUAAAAUGGUGGCAAACAACUGACUGUUUAGAAAUUACUAUUUGAAAAAUGCCCUUCAAUUUACAAGCAUGUCGUUUUUCAGCUAAAUCGCCAGUAAAGCGUAUCCUAAUAAAAUAGUUUCCGUUUAAAAAUAAAUGAUUUCAAUGCAACUGCUAAAUGAAUUUUAACUUCAAAAAUUAUUUUAUUACAUUGAGUUUUAACGCUUAUAUAAGCCUAUUAAAAUCAUCCAUAAAAUGGAUUCAUCGCAUGACAAAAUUUUUAGAAAGCUGAUUUUAGAGUCUCAAAAAAAAAAUUGAAAGUGUUUGUGCAACAGGCAACUAUGCACAAUGUGUAUUAUUUUUCCCACAAAAAUUUGAAUCACGCUAGAAACCGGACAAAAGCCUCGGGAACACAUUUUGUUUAUGCCACUUUAUUAGAACAAACAGUGAAAUGAAACGAAAAGUGAGCAAUCUUUUGGAAUGUUAGCAGCAAACGUCAUAAUCCUUCGAUAUUUUCUUUACUUACUUUUAUCUGGUUGGUUUGAAUUAAGCUUCCUUUGAUUCAGCAAUCUUUUACCAAUUUUUUUGUUCCAUACUAAAACGUCGAUUCGAACGCAUAGUAAAAGCCCUCAGACUGUUGCUGGUGAUUUAGCCUUAAUUUGUAUGGCAAACGUCAAAGCACGCACGAAAUAUGGAGGAAACGUUCGCCCAAAAAUCGAUUAAACGUUUACAAAGCGUGAAUUAUGUACAUACAUAUAUAUUUAACAAGUGCAACAAUUGCUGAAAAAAUAUGUGCCAAUACCUUGAAAUAUGGCCCAAUGAGAAUUUAAGAGAUUCGGCAUUUUUCUUUUUACAGAUCACCGGAAAAAUAUCAGUUUCAAUCUACGGUUUAUAUGAUUGUUGCUAUCGACUUUGAAUUUAAUUUACGUAAGAGUCGGAAUUUACAAAUAAUUUGUUAUUUCAUUAAAAUUAAAAACUGUACUGUACAUACAUGCAUAUUUUGCUUGAAUUUGAAUUUUUUUCGCAACUCAUUUAUAUGAUAUUUUGAAGAAAAUAUAGAAUAACUAGCAACAUAAAUAAAAAAAAAAUCUUGAAUAGUCAAAUGAAAAACACGUCCUUUAGAACAAAAUCAAUUUUAGUCAAUUAACAACAAAUAUAAUUAUAAUGCAUAAGAAGAAGAAAAAUCGAAUAAACAGCAUAAAGAAUUGUUUGUAUGUAAAACUAAUUUCUGUUAAGCUUUUAAGCAUUUAUUCAAGUUUUGUAUUUAUUCCAAUUAAGCUUUUUUUCAUUAGAGCAAUUUUGAAAUGUAUUAAAUAUAAAUACGAAAGGCGCAACGCCUCCGCAUUUUUGAAAGCGAUAAAUCGCAAAAGCUUUAAAUACUUGAAGUUUUAUAUUUAUUCAACUAAAAAGACGUGCAAUCGGGCCUGCUUAUAUAAUACGAUAAUACAUACAUAAGUUUACUGGUGGUACAUGCCCUCAUGGCACAACCGGACUUUUGUCAAUUUAGGUCAAAACAGCAUAUAAAAUACUAUAAAAAAGCCAUUAAGAUUAAGCCAAGGCAAGAACGGAAACCCUGUUGCAUGAAAAGACAAUUUAUGAAAAGAAAAAAAUACUUAAAAAUAAAA